AUGUGUGAAGACGUUCUAAGAGAGAUCAGUCUCAACACGGGGAGUAGCCUAUAUCCCGAGCAUGCUUUCCCCAUCUCUGCUGAGGAUUCGAGAUUCUCAAUUGAUGUUGAAGAGACUGAAAAGUACCUAGAGGUAUUUCAAACAUUGGAGGAGUUAUUUUUGAAGGCUUAUAAGGUUAUGGAUAGAGAACUCAGUAGCUAUACCAAUAUCGAUUGCUUCUGUAGUGGAACAACAGAAGUAACCAUGGUUAAACAGGGUAAGAAUUUUGUUAUUUGUAACAUUGGGAACUCUAGAGCUGUGCUGGCUACGAGACGCGGGGAUGAUUCUCUCACUGCAGUGCAAUUGACCGUAGAUCUUAAGCCCAAUUUACCAGCGGAGGCUGAGAGGAUUCGCAAAUGUAUAGUGCGAGUGUUUUCUCUUCUAGAUGAGCCGGAUGUUGCAAGAGUGUGGAUGCCAUAUAACAACUCUCCUGGGCUUGCCAUGACUCGUGCUUUCGGAGAUUUUUGCCUCAAGAAUUUUGGUGUCCUCUCACUCGAUCACUCGUUGAAGAAGCCGUUUGAGCCUGGAAGAUUACCGUACCCAACUUGUAGAGUCAAUGACUGUGCAUUUGUCUGCCUCUUCCUUGAUUCAAACCCGAAUAAUUUCUCUACUGCUUCUAGUACAAAAGACAAGGACAAGGCUUUUAUCUCAAUGGAAAUGAGUGAAGUUAGCAAUGAUAUGGAUGGUGUCUCCAGUCCACCAGCGUUGAAUCGUUCCAGUACUGUUCGAGAAGGUGAAGAGGUUUCAGCAAGCAUCAAAGAGGAAGCCUCGGAACAGGACCUAAGAUGGGAAAAGUCUCGGGUGAUCACAGUAAUGACAUUACCAAGUUGGAGGAGGAAGAAGAAAUAUCUGUUGGCCGGUGUUCCUGGUGCUGGUGGAUUUGAUGCUGUCACUUUGGGGGCUUCAAGCAAGAGUUUGCUCAAUGUUCUUGCUAUGAUAGUGACGGAAGGUGUGUCUUGGGAAGACAAUGAUCCCCGAGCAAAGGAAAUUACUGCAGCUGUUUCUUCGAUCCAACUUCAAUAUUUUCAUCAUGCUAUGUGA